AGUCACUGUCAGACUUUUGUGCUAACAAGACAAGUUUCAAAAACAAAGAAGAAAAAAUUAUAAAAGUUCUCGGUGCAUGAUUAAACAAAAGACUUGUUUUCAUUUAAAAAGAAAGAAGGAGUUGCAGACUUAUUUCGCGACAAUCAAGUUUAUACAAAAAAAAAAAGAAGUAUUUAAAUAUUUGAAUAGUAGAAGAGAUUGUGGGAAUUUCUCUAAAUUUGGAAACUUUUUUUAUUGUCGGCUGUGAUGAUAAAUGAAAGUAUUUCGCUAAGUCGGAAGUAAAUAAUUUUUAUUGCGUAAGAAAUUAAGAAACAAGAAAAAAUCAAACAUGAGUGUUACGGUAAUGCUGAACAAUAUCACGGAGCUUUUAGCGAAAGCAGAUGAUCAUGAUCAUGACCACGACCACGAACAUGAUGAUCUAAGUGAAGUUAAUAUGGCCAAAUUCAUAACAAUGGCAGUUUUAUUUAUCCUUUCCAUGGGAUCGGGGAUGAUUCCACUACUUUUAACGAAAUGGCUCGACUGGUCUGAUCCAAAUCGUGAUCCAAGAACAAAUCUUCUCGUGUCAUCGCUUCUCUCAUUUGGAGGUGGAGCUCUUCUCUGCACAACAUUCUUGCAUUUAGUACCAGAAAUCGAUGAAAUCAUCGGUGCACUUCAACAUGAUGGUCGCAUACCUGAAUGGGAUUUUUCCAUUACAAAUUUACUGAUGGCGGUUGGAUUCUUCAUUAUUUAUUUCGUUGAAGAAAUUGUUCACGCUUAUUUAAGACGACAACAGAAGAAACAAGUAGAAGCACAAGAAGCGUUUAUUCGUGGACACAGUCCCAGAGAUAGUUUGCACGAUGCAGCAAAACGUCGUGAACUUGAGAAAAAAGCAGCAGCAGAAGCAACUGGUAAUGGCGUCAUGACAGUUUCCACAGCUGAUUUAGUUGACAAUGAACAUGUCGAUAACAAUCAUCAUACGCAUUCCCACAAUCAUCAUCAUCAUUCACACAUUCCAGUGUUCAAUGGAGACGACAGUUUGCUUGUGUCGUCAAUUCGUGGUCUUCUUAUUGUGAUGGCGCUUUCAGUGCAUGAAGUUUUUGAAGGUUUGGCUGUUGGGCUAGAAGACACAACAUCAAAUGUUUGGUAUAUGUUUGGAUCAAUCUCUGCACACAAAGUUGUCAUUGCUUUCUGCAUUGGCGUUGAGCUUAUGGUUCACAAGACAAAAACUUGGCUGCUUGUUCUUUAUAUCUUUAUUUAUGCCAUUGUCUCGCCACUUGGUAUUGGAAUCGGAAUUAUAUUAAGCAAUGGCGACGACCCAGAAGCAUUCGAUGUCGCCUCUGUUAUUCUUCAAGGUCUCGCUUCUGGAACACUCCUUUACGUGAUAUUCUUUGAAAUUCUAUCUAAACACAAAGACGGCAUCAUUCAAUUUCUCGCUGUUGUUUUUGGAUUUUUCUUGAUGUUUGGACUUAAAUUUAUUGGAGGCCAUUCGCAUUCCCAUCAUGAUGACCAUGAUCAUUAAACAAAAAUCUGUCAAAAUUACCUACUUGCUUUAAUUUGAGCUGCCAAAAUGUUCUCACAUCAAACAACGAAAUGAAAUUAAUGAAAAUAAAGGAAGAAGUGCAAAAGGGUUGCAGUAUUUAUAUGAUUGUGAUUAAAUUUUAACAUUUAAGUUUCACAUUAAAUUUCUUUAACGUAACUUUUCAAGUACAUGAAAAUAUGAAAUAAAAGCUUAAUGAUUUUACCUUCGUUUUCAAUCUUAAAAUCCCGUUCGUUUUUAUUUUUUUUUUCUUUUGUUUUCUCUUUUGAUCUAUCACGUCGCCGUCAUCAGUUG